GGAGGUCCUCCGUCGUUCUCCUCGCUCAUUGUUCAAACGAUCAGAAUCGAGAUUUCAAGGCUUUCUCCAGCAGGAUAAAACGAAGAAAUCAUGUUCAUCUUUGACGCUUGGUCACGGCACCGCGAACUCAAACGCCUAUCUAAAUACGCAAACCGACGACAAACAGCGUCCAGUCCCAAGAGUUCCACCGUAGGAACCAUCACUCUUCCCAGAAUUCCCAAAGCCAGCUACGACUGGGACUCACCCGAUACCAAAGCCCGUCAUGCGGCAGAAUACCACUUUGAGGUUGAAAAAACGAUACGAGAACAGCGACAGCGUGCGCAAAUCAUGCAGGAAAACUACAAGAGACCGAAAGAAGGUGUCUUGGUGGUUCUUGCGACCGACGAAGGUCAGCAAGGUACGACUGGUAGAAUUUGCGCUGAGCCAGAACAAUAUGCCACGACGGGGCGACGUCCAGUGAGCCAGUACCCGGCAAGAUAUGCUUCCAUGGAUGCAAAGAGGCCGAACCUGCAGCAGCAGAUCACACGGUCGAAAACCAUACAGGAAACCAAGAGAAAGUCAUCUUGGUGGGGCAAGCGAAAAAUGGUGGAUCCCCGUACUGUAAGAUCUAGCGAGGAAUACAACAGUCUUGAGCAUGUUCCAACCACUAGAAUGACUGUCUAGAUAAACCCCCCCCCCCCCCCCCCAC